UUAAAAUGAUAACGUUAGAAUGGUAUUGAGUUAACAUCACGUCAUACAUAAUAACGGAUUUGGUGGACAAGGACUACUAGCAAGUGUGCAAGUGUGAGGCAAUUCGUACUAUAUAACGUAAGAGUCAUAAUACAAGUGUAAUGUGCUGAUUGCCAUGAGUAUGGAGGGCAAAAAAAUAUUAGAAAGGGUAUCAAUAAAAUAAAAGUAACAGUAAAACGCAAGCGCUCGAACUAGCGCAUGCUAAUGAAUACUUUAUUGAUCGUCUACGGGGGUUGCUCACCCGUACAAGUUACACUUUUACAGAUGUUAAAUUCCUAAACUAUAACAUUAAAGUUGUUAAAACUUAAAUUUAUUAAACGUUAUUAUUAUUAAAUUAACUUUCAAUAAAAUUUAUUAAAGUGUGUUCUUUAAAUCAAAUAUUUAAUAUUUUUAAAGAGAUUUAAAUCUAAAAGUUAUGGCUUACUUCUUUUUCUUAUCCAGAGAAUUUUUACUCUUAUGGUGUAUUUUUACUACGGCUUUUAGUGGUCCGUCUACACCAGUGGUUUCUAGAAAAUUAAUGGAUGAAAUUUAUACAACUGUUAGGCCAAUUAAAACGAUUGUUGAAUUGAAUACAUACAGACCAUUAUCGUUGCAAAUAGCCGGUAAUAUCAAAACGACUAGUGUCGAAACAACGACUACUACUACUACAACAGCAAAAUCAACAACAAGAACUACGACUACCCCCAGAACAUUUGAUGGUAAUGAACCACUUUAUCGAUUGGAUGGAUCUAAUGGACAAGCUUGUAUACUUUUACAAGUCGAUGCACUCAUUACUGUUAAAUUUCGUACGAAACUUGGUGACGAACAAGAAGCUAAUAUAUAUGUUCCCAAAGAUGCUACUGUCACAGGAAAUUGUGAUAGUGAGAACUUUGUUACAAUGUCGCUUAAAUGGAAAGCUUUUGUUUUAUCUUGGAGUUUUGCUAAAACACCCGGUGGUGAAAGAUGGUAUGUUGAUAAAAUUGAGUUGACUUAUAAUUCUAGUGAUCGCCAUUUCCAACAUAUUGAUCAGCCAAAUAAAACAAUUAGACUUAGCACUGGACAAAAGCAUAGUCCAACUCUUUUCCCAACACCAGUUGGAAAGUCAUAUGUUUGUGAAGAAGAAGUUAGCAUUCCUUUGAGUGAUGGUAAAAAUAAUGCGGUUCUUUUAUUAAGAGAUAUGAAAUUGCAGCCAUUUAAAUUUAAAAAUAACGAGUUUGCUGCUGAAUUUUCAUGUAAAUUGUUAAGUGCACGUGCUGGUAGAGAUGAAACUGCACCAGUAGCUGUUGGGUCAACACUUGCUGCUGCUGUACUUUUAACUAUUACAGGUUACGCCGGAUGGCGAUAUUUUAAGGUGAAAAAAGUUAAAUAUGAUACAAUGGAGUAAGAUAAUAUAUUUACUUAAAUAACUAGAUUUAAAAGAAAAAAUAUGAAUCAUACAUAUGAAAUCUAAUUGUAUUCCUAUAGCUGUUACGGAUUUCAUUGUUGAAUAAUAUAAUGCUGACAUAUCGAUAGUUUUUACACAUUUUGUUCAUAAACUCAAAUCAUAAUAAGUGAACAAAAAUAUUUUAAUUAUUAAAUAUAUGCAGCUUUAUUAAUAACAUGAAGAUAUAUAAAUAUUAUUUUGAAAAUUGAUGAUGCUAAUUUGAGUUAUUUAUUGAAUUUUAUUAUGCUUCCAAUUAAGUAUCUACACAGUAAAAAAAAUUGUAAAGUGAAUGUGGAUUAAAUCCAAGAUGAAUGAUUUUCUUUAAAGCUCAGGAACUGUGAGAAGCGGAGAGAAUUCGGAUUGAAAUACUUAAUACAGGUUACAAAUAAUUUUUUUUAUUUGUCAGUGAAAUGAAAUAAACGGUAUUUUCAAAAUAUUAUUUUUUGACUAUCUCAAAGUAAAAGAAAAUUAUAAUAUUAAUUUUCAAAUUAUGAUUAUUUGGAAGAAGAUAAAUAUUGGCUAAAGUCAAAAGUUCAUUAUUGAAUUUAUUUUUUAAAACCUAUAAAAUACAAAAAGAAACAUAGU